UGGUGCAGGCUGAUGUGACGAUGACUUUCCAAUCAAUAGUUAAAUUCUUUAAAAAUUAGAUGAAAACUUAUAAUAUAAUUUGGCCUCCAAAGAAAGAGCUUGAAACAGCAUAGCCAUGGAUACACCAGGAACAUAUGUAUGCCAUGAUCAAGAGGAACCAAUAGCUUCCAAUUUAUUACCUUCCAUGUUGUCUCAAAUUCCAGUAAUUGAUAUGGAAUUGUUGUUGGCUAAUGAUCAUUCAGAACUUGACAAACUUCAUCUUGCUUGCAAAGAUUGGGGAUUCUUUCAGAUGAUGAAUCAUGGAGUGAGUUGUUCACUAUUAGAAAAAAUGAAGUUAGAAGUCCAACGAUUCUUCAAUCUACCUAUGGAAGAGAAGAAAAAGUUUGGCCAAAUUGAAGGAAGUAUGGAAGGAUAUGGACAGGUUUUAGUGUCAUAUGAUGAACAAAACAUAAACAGCUGGAUAGGCAAACUUUACAUGGUCACUCUUCCUAUCCAUUUGAGAAAACCCCAAUUGUUUCCCAAUCUUCCCCUCUCAUUAAGAGAUACCUUAGAAGAAUACUCAGCACAGCUGAAGGAACUUUCGGAGAAAAUAUUCAAUAUAAUGGGGAAAGCAUUAGGAAUGAAAGGAGAAGAUUUGAGUGAAGUUUUUGAUGGAGGAGAGCAAGCAAUGGCCAUGUAUUACUAUCCUAAGUGUCCUCAAGAAGAUGUUGUUAUGGGGCUAAACCCCCACACUGAUCUUGCUGGCUUGACCAUACUUUCUCAACUAAAUGAAGUGGAAGGUCUUCAUAUCAAGAAAGAUGGUGCUUGGAUACCUAUUACACCUUUGCCAAAUGCCUUUGUUAUCAACGUUGGAGACAUGUUAGAGAUAGUGACGAAUGAAAUUUAUAAAGGUGUUGAACAUCGACCAGUUCUCAAUCCAAACAAGGAGAGACUAUCAAUUGCAACAUUUUUUAAACCAAAAAGGAACUAUUAUUUAAGUCCAGCAUCAAGCCUCAUCACUCUUCGAAAUCCUGUAAAAUUCAAGCAAAUUGGUACUGUUGCUGAUUACUUCAAGGGAUAUUUCAGUCAUCAACUUGUUGGAAAAUCAUACCUUGAUACAAUGAGAUUAAAUACCAAGGACGAAGAGAUCAAUACGUGAUUAAUGUAUUAACACUUUGAAUAAUUGCAUGAUUUUAAUUCAUUGAUACUAGAUUUGUUCCGAAAACCUUAAGCGUGUUUGUAUGCAAAUAAAAUUGCUGGUAAAGGUUGUAAUAUUCCAAUAUUACUCUAAUAAAUCUUCAAUUUGUGUGUUUUGACUGUUUUACCCCUCUCCGUAGUUUGAUUUGGGUAUUUUUGGUCUGGGGAAUUGGUUGCAUGGUUCCCGAGGCAUUUGGACAGGAGUUAUGAGAGUUUUUCAUUUUGGUAGUAGGAAAGGUUGACUUAUGUCAAUAUUUGAUGAAGAUGAGCUCGAAAUGGAAUUCUGACCAUUUCAUUGGCUCUAGAAUGUGAUUUUUGGGUUGGUUGGACCUUUGGUUUGGAUUUCAAGGAUGAGAUUUGAGUCGUUGGACGGAAAUUUGAAAAUUUCUAAGUUAAGAGUUGACUUCGAUCAACAUCUAGUGAUAAAAUUUCAAAUGGCUGGGAUUUGGCAAUUGCCAUACUUUUAACUCUAACAUAUGACAAUGAAAAUAGAUUCUCAAAACAAUAAUUAAUAUUUCUUCUAAUGUUGACUCCUAUUUAUCAAUGCAACAGAUCAAACAUUGACAUAAACUGAAUU